AUGGUAGUAGCUAAGGCAACCAAGGCUUCGAAUGCUCUCAUUAGCAUUGCUAAGAAUACCUGGGGCAUAGGCUAUAAGGCAGCUAAACACAUCUAUCUUGGGGCAAUCGAGCCCAUUCUGCUCUAUGCGGCCCCCAUUUGGGCUGAUGCUACCCAGAAAGUGUACAUCCAGAAAAAACUAUCAAAAGCCCAAAGGGUAGCUGCCCUCAGGAUUUGCAGGGCCUACCGGACAGCCCCGACUUCUGCCCUUUUGGUGAUUGCCGGUCUAAUACCAGUUCACAUCAAGGCCAGGAUGAUGGCUAGGAACUGGAAAUUCAACAACCUGUUUCUUAACAAUAACCCACUAGAUAAUAUCAGGAAUAAUAACACACUUUUGGAGUUACCCAACGACCUUAAAAAUGACAUUUUAACCUUCGGGAUCGAACUCAAGGACCCCACUUCAAACACAAUGUAUGACUAUCCAUCUGCCAGCAAUAACAUCUCUACUUACAAUGAAACUAACGACAUAUCCAUCUUCACUGACGGAUCAAAAGACGACAACAAAGUUGGAGCGGCAUUUGUUCUCUAUGACCAUCAAACUGGGAAAACUCAUCGUUCAGCAUUUAAGCUUGGUCCCCAUUGUUCUGUUCCCCAAGCUGAAAUUCUGGCCAUUACAAAGGCUAUUGACCACGUCUUUGCUGAAUGGUUUCCUCAUAGCAAAUCUAUCACAAUAUACUCAGAUAGUAUUACUGCGAUUUACUCUAUCACCAAUCAAGGGAAACGGGGUGACAACGUCCUCCAUAUUCACCAGCUUCUCUCCAACAACAGUCACGGACAUAAUAUCCAAUUUAAGUGGGUGCGUGGGCAUUCUGGCGUUGUUGGCAAUGAGGCCGCUGACCGCCUUGCCAAGUCCGCCGCAGUCUCAACCUUGCCCUCCAGCUACAGCAAAAUUCCUCUCUCCAAAAUCAAGCACUGGAGCUAUCAAAUCGCCCUCCAUCAGUGGCAAGAAGAAUGGAACAACAGUGACACUGGAAGAUUAACAUUCGACUUUAUCCCUGACAUAGCUCGCCGNAUUUAG